AUGGCUCUAGCCAUUGAUCUCGGUAUGCUCGGAAUAUGGGCUUCCAACUCAAAACCAAUUGGCAAUGAGUGGAGAGACCCAUAUAUCUUAUAUACUAGUCAAGAUCCCUUAUCCUUUCCAGUGUGGGAUAAUAUUAUCCCUAAUAGAAUUGGAGGUACUUGGGAAAUCAAUUUCUCAGAUUUCGGAGUUGAUGAUGCUAGAAACGAGAAAUCUAUCGAGUUCCUUAGACGCAACGGUCUAGAUCUGAGGAAGAUUAGAGAAGAAGGAAUCGGAAUCAAGGGUUUUUUCUCGGAGCUGUUUUGGAUUCUGAAGAAGGCGAGGAAUAUCACCUGGGUCACAUUUCAUGGAUAUUACGAUAUCGCUUAUUUACUCAAGUGUUUCACCGGAGAAGCUUUACCGUAUACUCCUAAGAGGUUUUCGAAAGCGGUGGCCAGAAUUCUCGGUUCUGUUUAUGAUCUGAAUGUCAUGGCUGGUCAACACCAAGGACUAAGUAGCAGACUUGGUUUGGAGAGUCUAGCUCAUGAGUUAGAACUUAACCGUGUUGGUACUGCACACCAUGCCGGUUCGGAUAGAGAAUUAACGGCUCAAAUUUUCGCUAAGAUGGCUAAGAUCUUCAACAAUGUGCAAGAAUCUGAAGGCCAUGUUUAUGGACUUGGGUAUAGAGUUAUAUCAGAUCAUUUAAAGAAAAAGCAGCAUAUGAACCAUGUGACGAGGACAAGUUUCUAUGGACCACCACCGCCACCUCCACCACCGUUUCCGCUGCUAAGACCAAUGUUUGUACCUGGUUUUCCGCCUUUUGGUGGCUUCGUCUUGAUGCCGAGAGUAUCUCUGUCUUAA